UCCUCGUACUCCAACCGCAUCUGCAGCGAGCAGCCGAGGAGUGGACACAGAGUCAGCGGCGGCGGCGCAGCAAGAGAGCAAGUGACCGCGCUCCCCACCCAGCUCUGCCCCCAAAAGCUGCUGCCUGCCUCUGCCUUUGCCCCCCCAGCCCUUCGCUUUGACCCACCGCGACCAUGAUGUUCUCAGGCUUCAAUGCGGACUACGAGGCGUCCUCGUCCCGCUGUAGCAGCGCCUCCCCGGCCGGGGACAGCCUCUCUUACUACCACUCGCCGGCCGACUCCUUCUCCAGCAUGGGCUCUCCUGUCAACGCGCAGGACUUUUGCACGGAUCUGGGGUCCUCCAGUGCCAACUUCAUCCCGACUGUGACUGCCAUCUCCACCAGCCCGGACCUGCAGUGGCUGGUGCAGCCCGCUCUCGUCUCCUCGGUGGCUCCAUCCCAGACCAGAGCCCACCACCCCUACGGGGUCCCCGCCCCCUCGGCCGGGGCUUACUCCAGGGCCGGGGUCAUGAAGGCUGUGACAGGAGGCAGAGCUCAGAGCAUUGGCAGGAGGGGCAAGGUGGAACAGUUGUCCCCAGAAGAAGAAGAGAAAAGGCGCAUCCGAAGGGAAAGGAAUAAGAUGGCUGCAGCCAAAUGCCGGAAUCGCAGGAGGGAGCUGACUGACACACUCCAAGCGGAGACAGACCAACUAGAGGACGAGAAGUCUGCUUUGCAGACCGAGAUUGCCAAUCUGCUGAAGGAGAAGGAGAAACUAGAGUUCAUCCUGGCAGCUCACCGGCCUGCCUGCAAGAUCCCCCAUGACCUGAGCUUCCCGGAAGAGAUGCCUGGGGCUCCCCUGGAUCUGAAUGGAGGCCUGCCUGAGGCCACCACCCCUGAGUCUGAGGAGGCCUUCGCCUUGCCCCUCCUCAAUGACCCUGAGCCCAAGCCUGCAGUGGAGCCCGUCAAAAACAUGCAAAACAUGAGCAGCGUGGAGCUGAAGGCUGAGCCUUUUGAUGACUUCCUGUUCCCGGCAUCGUCCAGGCCCAGCGGCUCGGAGACCUCCCGCUCUGUGCCAGACAUGGACCUGUCUGGCUCCUUCUAUGCAGCAGACUGGGAGCCCCUGCACGGUGGCUCCCUGGGGAUGGGGCCCUUGGCCGCAGAGCUGGAGCCCCUGUGCACCCCGGUGGUCACCUGCACUCCCAGCUGCACUACCUACACGUCUUCCUUUGUCUUCAACUACCCCGAGGCUGACUCCUUCCCCAGCUGUGCAGCUGCCCACCGCAAGGGCAGCAGCAGCAACGAGCCCUCCUCUGAUUCGCUCAGCUCGCCCACGCUGCUGGCCCUGUGAGCAGGCGAGGAAGGGGAGGCAGUGGGCACACGCCAGUGCCCACUGUCCUGAGCUGGUGCGUUGCAGAGAGGAGAAACAUCUUCCCUCGAGGGUUCCCGUAGACCUAGGGAGGACCUUUUCUGUGCGUGACACACACCGGGCUGUGGGCCUCAAAGGACUUGAAAGCAUCCGCGGGUGGACUCAAAGUCUUUACCUCUUUCGGAGAUGUAGCAAAAACGCAUGGAGUGUGUAUUGUUCCCAGCGACACAUCUGAGAGCUGGUAGUUAGUAGCAUGUGGAGCCAGGCCUGGGUCUGCGCCUCUUUUUUCUCUUUAGUCUUCUCAUAGCAUUAACUAAUCUAUUGGGUUCGUUAUUGGAAUUAACCUGGUGCUGGAUAUUCUCAAAUUGUAUCUAGUGCAGCUGAUUUUAACAAUAACUACUGUGUUCCUGGCAAUAGUGUGUUCUGAGUAGCAAUGACCAAUAUUAAACUAAGAAAAAGAUAUGACUUUAUUUUCUGGUAGAUAGAAGUAACUAGCUUAUAUCCAUGUACUGUAGUUUUUCUUCAACAUCAAUGUUCAUUGUAAUGUUACUGAUCAUGCAUUGUUGAGGUGGAAUGAUUGUUCUGACAUUAACAGUUUUCCAUGAAAACGUUUUAUUGUGUUUUUAAUUUAUUUAUUAAGAUGGAUUCUCAGAUAUUUAUAUUUUUAUUUUAUUUUUUUCUACCUUGAAGUCUUUUGACAUGUGGAAAGUGAAAUUUGAAUGAAAAAUUUAAGCAUUGUUUGCUUAUUGUUCAAAGACAUUGUCAAUAAAAGCAUUUAAGUUGAAUGCGACCAACCUUGUGCUCUUUUCAUUUUGGGAGUUUGGUGAGAUUCUGAAAGGUAUCGAAGACCAGUUUGUCAAGAAGGGUAGCUUCUGGAGGGGGACACACCCCUUUGUUUGAUCUCUUAUCAAAGAGGAGAAGGAAACUGCAGAGCUGCUGCUGGAAUAUGUUAUAAAUAUGAGGAGUCUUCACAGUGCACUACUACGAUUCUCUACCUGUAAUUCUGAGGGUGGGAACCCGCUCUGAGAUAGCUUUUGUGAGUACAUGUCUUCCUCCUUUUUCUGUUUUGAAAGUCAAAGGGAUGAAUAUUUAAAUCUAGUUAUGCCAAUAUUAAAUGUAAAUGUCUUGAUCUUAAAGGAACCCUUUUCACAAAUAAAAUUCAGCUGUGCACAAA